AUUAAGCCAUUGAACGCAUGGCCUCUAUAUAUGUGUCGUUCCUAUAAUACAUGGUUUGUAAACAAACGCUAUCUAAAGGCAAACACGUGUUAAUUGUUUUGUGGCGUUAAUUGUCAUCAAUGGAUCAGUUGAGUGAUAAAGACAUUGUCGACGAGACACCUGUCGUACAGCAGGAUAUGGCCGGAGAAGAGGUUAACGAAGAAAUGAAAGAAGAGGCCGAAGAAAAGGCCGAAACAGACAAUGAAUUGAGUGAUAAUGUGUUGCCGAGUGAUGAAGACGUGAAGACAACUAAAAGUGGUAAAAAAGUGGUGAAAAUCAGUGACAAUAAAGCGAACAAAAGAGGAAUUCUGUACUUAAGUUAUAUACCAAUUGGUCUUAAUGUCAAUAAAAUCCGCCAAUUAUUGUCUGAAUUCGGAGAAGUGGACCGAAUAUUCCUCCAGAAGGAGAGGACGCCUAACGUUGUCAGCGGUUCCGCGAAGAGAGCCCUCAGGAAGAAGUCCUAUAAUUGCCGUUACGUCGAGGGAUGGGUUGAGUUCCGGAAGAAACGUGUGGCCAAAUCGGUGUCCAAUCUUUUGAAUGGCAAACAAAUCGGUGGUAAACGGAAGAGUAAAUUCUAUGACCAGAUGUGGAGUUUGAAAUAUUUGCAUAAGUUCAAAUGGAGUCAUUUAGCGGAACAGUUGUCUUACGAGAAGGCUUUGACUCAACAGAAGCUCAGGUUUGAGAUCUCGAGGGCGAAGAAAGAGACC